CCUCGUCGGCGGCGGCGGUGGCGGUGGCGGUGGCGCUAGGAUUUCAAGUGUAUCGGAGGAUCGGAGAAGAGGAAAGAUGGCCGGAAGCGCGUUCAAUGCCUUCAAAGCUUGCGUUCCGAUCCAAUGGAGCCCCAGGCUGUACAUCACGCUGGUGCGCGGCCUUCCCGGCACUCGCAAGCUCCAUCGUGGCACUCUUGAAGCCAUGCGCCUCCGGCGAUGCCACCGCACUGUCGUCCACCGCACCACCCCUUCGCUCAUCGGCAUGCUCAACCAGGUGAAGAGGUUGGUUGCGGUGGAGACGGAAGCCAUGUAUAAAGCUCGGAAACAGAAUGAGGAUGAGCAUAGGGCCUUGCGUCCUGCCAUUGUUGUCAGCCAUGCUCCAUCUCCAGCUCCAGUGCAGUGAGUUUCUUCUGCUCUUCUUCUGUGUGUCAUUGGAAUCCUUUGUUUAGAAUUUUAUUGAUUUUGGGAUAGAUUUUAAGGUCAUAACAUAUAAUUUCAACAUUUUUGGUU